GCAAUUGCUUGAAGAGAUGAAAAGAAACAGCAUUGAGCCAAAUGUUUUUACUUAUACUUCUUUGAUGGACGGUUUAUGUAAAAAUGGGCAUUCAUUACGAGCAUUAGAGCUUUUAGAAAUGAUGAUUAUAAAACGUCAUUUGCCUAACAAUGUCACUUAUACAACUUUAAUUGAUGGGCUAUACAAAGAAGGAAAGCAUAGGGAAGCUGUGGAUGUUCUUGACAGGAUGAGGCUUCAAGGUUUGAAACCAAGUGCAGUGCUGUACGGGAAAAUCAUAAAGGGCUUCUGUGCUGAAUGCAGCUAUCAAGAAGCCGCGAACUUCAUCGAUGAGAUGGUGCUUGGCGGUAUUAAGCCAAGUCGAGUGACUUGGGGGCUUCAUGUUAGAAUGCAUAACAUGGUGAUCCAAGGCCUUUGUAGUAGUAUUGAUCCACCCCGUGCAUUUCAGUUGUAUCUUAGUACACGAACUAGAGGUGUUUCAAUUGAAGUUGGCACUUUUGAUUGUUUAGUCAAAUGUUUUUGCAAGAGGGGAGACCUGCACAAAGCUGCUCGAAUUCUUGAUGAGAUGGUAUUAGAUGGCUGCAUUCCAGAUGAGGGAAUAUGGAAUGCAGUAAUAGUUGGACUUUGGGAUCGGAAAAGAGUUAGAGAAGCCACUGAGCUACUGCUUGCUGAACUGAAACAGAAAUUUGUUGAAGCUGAAAGUUAAAGCUUGUAAAAUUUUAUACCACAUGUAUGCGCAUUGCAUUUUCCAAAGUCUUGGGUAAAUUAAAUUCAGGGGAAGAUGACAGGCUAAUGUUAAAAGUCUAUGGUGAGGAUAAAUUAACUAUGCAUCAAAUCUCUUCUGGAAAACGGUUGUGAAAGUAUGAGACAAGGAGCAAGACAAGUUAUUUAAGGUAGAUUCAACUUGUUUAGGGGUUUCUGAAGCAAUCAAUUAUCCUUAGAAUAUUUGGCGUAAUGAUGAGUUGAUAGAUAAGUCUUUCUUGUGAUAGCUUUAGAACAGCCUUAAAUAUUAAACGAAAUUAUUGAAAAGGGAAAACUAAAUUGGAUAACAUGCCAUAUAAAUAACGAGGUUCUGCC